AUGGUAACUUCAGAAGCUGUAAAGUCUGGUUAUGAUUUUAAUUUAAUAAUAAUAGUUUUUGUUUGUGUCUUAUUUUGCCUUUUUAUUCGUCAUUUUAAUGAUUUUUAUACGGGAAAGACGAUAACUCUUGUUGAAGAAGGAACAUGGAUUGGAAGAUUUAAACAUAAGAAGAAAGAUAACAAAGAUGGUUUAAAAAUGAUAGAAAAAGAUUUUGAUGAGAUGUAUCGUUAUAUGAAACUUGCAAAUAAAAAAAAUUUUACCGAUCAAAGUAGUAGUGAGGAGGAAGAAAAUAUUAUAUAA